AUGAAUAAAGUUUCAUUUUGCAAACUUCCUAAAGAUUUGUUAAACAAGUGCAUAACGGGAGAAUGCGUCCUAAUAUCGAAAAAUGAUGGAAAGAACAUAGAAAUUCAUUCUAAAACAGAUGAUACUUUAUUAUUUGCACUUAAAAUCGAAAAAAAUGAGACAAAAUCAGAAUUUAUCUUACUACAAGACAAUAAUAUAAUCGCCUCUUUACAAAUUGAUGACUCCUACCGACCAGAUUUAAAAAAAAUUGAUCCAAUUAGCCACGAGACUUUACAAAAACCGAAGAAAAAGAAUAAAAUUAUUAUACUAAGUGAUGUUGAUGACGAGCCAUUCACAAAACCUACUCCUCCACGAAAAUCAAAAUCAUCCAACGAAAAAAGUUCAAACAAACCAGAUAGUCUUAUGACACUCUCUGAUAUUGAUGAUACAAUACUAUUUAAGUCGAUAAUUAUGAAUGCAAUUAAUAACACUCCUAAUAUAGAAGACAGUAGUGAGAAACUGAGCGCUAUUAAGAAUGUCGCAAAAUUUAUUGCUAACUCAAUCAAAAAUAUCGAACAGUAUCAAGAUUAUCGUAAUAAGAUCAUUUCAUCUCAAAAAUCAAAAAACUACCAACAGAUAUGUGAUGACUUAGUAUCAUUUUGCAAUGCAUUAACAUAG